CACAAACCCUCCCUCAGGGCGUCCCCGUCUGGACUACAGGAGAAAGUUUGGGAGGCAGGUUCAACUUUUCAACUUGGCGGGGAAUUCCUCUCCCUCUUACACAGUUUGUAGUGCGGGGGCGGCGGGGUGACAGCCCCAGUGCAUGAAUCAGCCACCCCUCAGGCUCCGCCCCGGGGGGGUCGGCCGGACGCUCGCCCCGCAUAAAGCGGGCACCCGGGCUGCCUGGAGUAGAACGCUGCGCACCUCCUCCCGCCAGGCGCUUUCUCGGACGCCCUUCCCGGCGGGCCGCUCGACCCCCUGCACCAUGGACCCCACUCGCCCCCUGGAGCUGUCGAUUCUGCUGCUGCUCCUGACGGAGGCUGCACUGGGCGAUGCUGCUCAGGAGCCAACAGGAAAUAACGCGGAGAUCUGCCUCCUGCCCCUAGACUACGGACCCUGCCGGGCCCUACUUCCCCGUUACUACUACGACAGGUACACGCAGAGAUGCCGCCAGUUCUUGUACGGGGGCUGCGAGGGCAACGCCAACAAUUUCUACACCUGGGAGGCCUGCGACGAGGCUUGCUGGCGGAUAGAAAAAGUUCCCAAAGUUUGCCGGCUGCAAGUGAGCGUGGACGACCAGUGUGAGGGGUCCACAGAAAAGUAUUUCUUUAAUCUAAGUUCCAUGACAUGUGAAAAAUUCUCAUCUGGUGGGUGUCACCGGAACUGGAUUGAGAACAGGUUUCCAGAUGAAGUUACUUGUAUGGCCUUCUGUGCACCAAAGAAAAGUCCAUCAUUUUGCUACAGUCCAAAAGAUGAGGGACUGUGCUCUGCCAACGUGACUCGCUAUUAUUUUAAUCCAAGAUACAAAACCUGUGAUGCUUUCACCUAUACUGGCUGUGGAGGGAAUGACAAUAACUUUGUUAGCAGGGAGGAUUGCAGACGUGCCUGUGCAAAAGCUUUGAAAAGGAAAAAGAAGAUACCAAAGUUUCGCUUUGCCAGUAGAAUCCGGAAAAUUCGGAAGAAGCAAUUUUAAACAUUCUUAAUAUGUCAUCUUGUGAAUGCUUAUUUGCCUUUAUGGUUAUAUGUGAAGAAUAAUAUGACAGCAUGAGGAAACAAAUCAUUAGUGAUUUAUUCACCAGUUUUUAUUGACACAAGUCACUUUUUAAAAAAUUUGUAUGUUUUUUAUACACAGCUAGCUGCUAUUCAAAUGUGAAUCUACCAUUUUUAAUUUAUGGUUCAACUGUUUGUGCGACUGAAUUCUUGCAAUGCAUAAGAUAUAAAAGCAAAUAUGACUCACUCAUUUCUUGGGAUUGUAUUCCUGAUUUCAGAAGAGGAUAAUAACUGAAACAACGUAAGACAACAUAAUCAUGUGUUUUUUAAGAUAUUUGAGAAUAUAAAGGACUAGCAAAUAAAACUCAUUUUGCUUUAAAAGUUGGAUUAUAUUUUAGGCCCAAGAAGAUGAAGUCGCAGAUUUACCAACACUUUAAAAAUAUUACUCCCAUUUUAUUGUGUUAGAUUGCAGUACAGUGAGUGAAUAAGGGGAUUUAUUUGAAAGAUCAUAACUUUCUUGACUGAUUUAAAAAGCUGAUCAAUUUAUUAAAGCCAGAAAUGUUGUCCUCUGGGAAAACAAUUUCUAUCUAUUUAUCUACCAAUCCCCACUCACAUGUAUAUGUUUGUGUUUACAUAUAGAUAGAUGGAAGGAUUUUCCUGGUGUUACAUUAUUUCCUAAGACAGAGUGGGUUGGAGACCACUAAAGUUAUAAAAACCAAGGAAAGUAAAGUUUUUCAAAUGUUUGUACUGUUUAAGGUGUUUAUUUAUAUAAACCAUGCAUAAAUUUAAUAAUUUAAUUUUAACCAGUAAAUUAUCAUUGAUUAAAUAUGCUCAUUCCAAUGAAA